UUCCAGAUCUGGUAACUAAGCCACUCAGUCAGCCAUAUAUGGGUGUUUCUGGUCCUCCAAACUCUGCAGUAUAAUUCACUUGACAAACUUGUUUGGUUUCAGUCUUUCAGAGUUUGAGUCGUCGGUCAACUAUGGGCGAUGCCCCAUUUCACGUGCAAGGGCCCCACCGUCAACUUGUCUCUCUCUAUUUGGCCAUCGCGAGCCUUCCCUUGUAUAGUCUUCACUGAAGAAUUGAAUGCAGACUCAAAUUGGGCAUUACACCUGACCAUGAAAGGUGAAAGAGUGAAGGCGAUGCAGACCACCGAUCAAAAUUCAUCAAAUCCUUACGCAGAGUAUAUUGACUCAAUUGAAUCCUCCUCCAAGUGGAAGCGAUCGUCCUCCUCCUCCUCGUCCUCGUCCUCGUCCUUGCGAAGAGGAACCUCUGGAGUGCCAACCACUUCGCUUGAUCCAAUACUUGAUUUCAGCAACUUGAAGGACAAGAACACUCAGGAGGCGUUGGACUUGGUUUCCGCUCGCAGGGCAUACGAGCUCUGCAAGACUCCUGAAGAAAAAUCUGCACUCAAAGCGCACCUACAACCAAUCAUUAUUAGCCGAUUAAAGAAGUUAUCGGAGAUGGAGCAGAGAACUAGUGUAGGAGAUGAGAUUGCAGAUGCAGUCGACUUCCUCAAAUCACUGAAUCCUUCGGACCCCAGAUUCGUUGAAAUUGGGAAGAUCAGUCAGACAAGUCGUAAAGGAGUAAUUAGUUUGCAGGAAGGAAUGAUGCAAUUGAAAGAAGCCCAAGACCAGCUGCUCUCUCAGCUUCGCUCCCUCUCUCCCCACGAUAACAAGGAUCACUGAUUGCUUCCUCUGUUUUCGACUCUUGUUUUUUACUCAUUAUGGUUUUGAUUGUGUGUUUGGUUUGAUUUUUUUUUUUUUUUUUAAACGAGCAGGAGGGGAUUUGAACCCUGGUGAGGUGAUGAGAGUAUACACAUAUCUUUAUCACUCUAAUUAUGUGACUCGGGUGUAUGUUUGGGUUAAACUUGAAUGGUGUGAAUGUAACUAUUUUUUUCCCCUUCCAUUAUAGCAAAUAUAAGAGCAUAAUUGGAAUGA